CUGAUAUGAUAGCGUCAACAUUUGAGUCCUGUUUGCUGAAGUAUUUGGAAAUAAAAUGUUAAAAUGAAUCUGGCCCAAUUAUAAUUUACAGCGACGGAUGCACAUACCAAAAUCGAAACAGCAUGAUGUCAAAUGCCUUACUCAAUUAUGCUGUUGUUAAUAAUGUGGAGAUUGUUCAGAAAUUUUUAAAAGUUGGGCAUACAUAGAUGGAAUGUGACUCCGUCCACAGCUGCAUUGAAAGGAAAAUAAAAGGAAAAGACAUACAUGUACCCAGCGAUUAUUUGCACAUUUCAAAAGAAGCAAGAUCUAAACCAGCCCCUUAUGAUGUUGUGUGCAUGCAGUAUACAGAUUUUAAAGACUUUACUCCAAAAAAAUUUCACCGAUUUAAUUCUAUCAGACCAGGCAGAGUAAGUUAUUGCUUAAUCAUUAACACCAUUAAGUUUAUAAAUUGGAAUUAUGUUCUCCUUAAGGUUGGUAAUGAUCUCGUAGUAACGGACAUCAGAGCACUUAAAUAUUUGCCUAAUGAAAAAUUUUUUUACUAACUUGAUUUUGAUGCUGACUGGAAAGAGCUUCCACAGAGACCAAACCACUUGUUAGCAAGCCUUAAAUCCGUUAUACCCAGCGACUGUCAUAGUUUUUAUGACAACUAAGCUUAUAGUGAAGUUUAUUAAUAUUUUCUAACCAUUGUGAAUUAAGCCCAGUUAAUAAUAAAAAUUACUGUUCCUAAAGUA